CAGUUGCCAGCUGAUUAUUUGAACAUUGUGAAUGGUUAUGGUGCGAUAAAAAGCGCAUUUGUGAAUAAAACAAUAAGUUGAUUGUAAACAAAAAGUUUAUGGAGCAGUUUAUGAGCGAAGCACUCAUAGAAGCUAAAAGUGUGCUGGAGGCUGGCGAAGUACCCGUGGGCUGUAUUUUCCUUUAUCAUGGCAAAAAGAGCGAAGUGAUUGCGCGCGCUGGAAACAAUGUAAACGCAACCAAAAAUGCAACACGCCAUGCGGAGUUUCUUUGUAUAGACAAAACUUUGGACUUCUGCAAACAGAACAGCUUGUCUUUCGUUGAUGUUUUUCCAAAAAUCAGUGUUGUGGUCACUGUCGAGCCAUGUAUUAUGUGUUCAGCCGCCUUGCAUGAUUUGGGAGUAAAAGAGAUUUUAUAUGGCUGCGCAAAUGAUCGUUUUGGUGGCAAAACACUAGUGGAUGUGCCGUUUCUUACGAACAGAACAGACGGACAAACUCAAGUAAAUGGUGGUUUUUGUGCAGAUAAAGCAAUGGCACUCUUGAAAGAUUUUUACAAAGGUGAUAAUCCUUCAGCCCCAAUAGCUAAAGUAAAGAGAUGAAAAUUACAUAAAUUAUAUGUAAUAUAGUAUUUUUUAUGAAUAUAUGGAGACAAAAUUAACUGUGAAA